AUGGCUCCAGUUAGGGAAACAACUGCUACUACUCCUCCAGCUAGCGAGGAAGCGAACGUACCUCAUCUUAUCCCACAAAACAUUGCUCUUGGGGAAUAUAUCUUUCUUAGAAUAGCUCAGGCCAACCCUAAGCUCAAGACAAUAUUUGAGAUUCCGGGUGAUUUCAACCUCAACUUUCUUGAAUAUGGUUAUUCUCCUUUGGUAACGCACGAAGGGAUCAAGUUGAUCAAUACAUGCAAUGAGUUGAAUGGUACUUAUGCUGCUGAUGGUUACUCAAAAGCUAUUGAUGGAUUGAGUGUUUUUGUAUCAACUUAUGGUGUGGGUGAAUUGUCUGCUAUCAAUGGUAUUGCUAAUGCCUAUACUGAAUAUGGUGCUGUUUUGCAUAUAGUGGGAACGCCAUCAUUGAGACAACGCGAGGAAGCAAAAAGUAAAAUUGUCAAUAUUCAUCAUUUAGUACCCAACCACGAUUCACUUAGCGCUCCUGACCAUGAUGUUUACAAGAAGAUGGUUGGUGGUGUGUCAUGCAUUCAAGAGUCAUUGGGUGAUAACAUGUCUGACAAUGUAGCAAAAAUUGAUAAGGUUUUGAGAACCAUUAUCCAGGAGAGAAGACCAGGUUACCUUUUCAUUCCUUGUGAUGUACCUGAUUUGCCCACCCCUUCCAACAUGUUGUUUGAAAAACCAUUUUCACCUUUAUCACAAUACCAAGGGACUGCUCACGCAAAAGCUGUUUUGAAUGAAGUCACUAAUUCCAUAUUGUCCUUAUUGUACCAGUCAAGUGAUCCAUCAUUGCUUGCUGAUUGCUUAAUUACUAGAUUUGGGGCACAGAAGGAGCUUGACAAUCUCAUUGAAAAGUUACCAGAUAGUGUCAAGUUGUUUUCCUCCAAUUAUGGAAGAAAUAUUGAUGAAUCCAAAUCCAACUUUGUCGGUGUAUACAUGGGAGCAGGUUCAUCCGAUACCAAAGUAAGGCGAUUAUUUGAGUACUCCGACUUCUUGCUUCUCUUGGGCUAUUACGAUACAGAAAUGAAUAAUGGUGGCUAUAGUCGUGAUUUCUCCAGAGCAAUCAACACUGUGAUUGUUCAUCCUGACUACAUUCAAAUCAACAAUUCAAUACACCAUAUCAAACAAUUUAAUGGUGAAAAGUUGUUUUCAAUGGGCGACUUUUUAACCAACUUGACUGAAAAAUUGGAAUCCUCACAAAUAACUGCGACUAGACUGUCAACAUAUCAAUUUGUUCCUCAAGAUACCCACAUUGCGUCUAAAACAGACAAUUUAUACUGUCCUCAAUCCAAAAUCAAUGCAUUCUUCACAAAACACUUACAACCUAAUGACCUUUUCAUUGUUGAUACCAUGUCGUUUAGUUUUGGAGUAACUGACAUUAAAUUUCCACCAAAUGUACAUCUCCUUUCAGGCUGGAGUUACGGAUCAAUUGGAUAUGCAGUACCUGCAACUUUUGGCACCACAAUGGCAAUCAAUGACUUGGGUCUGAACCAACGUAUUAUUUUGGUACAAGGAGAUGGUGGUGCUCAAAUGACAGCCCAAGAAUUUUCCAGUUUUAUUAGAUAUCAUCACAUUUUACAUAAUUUGCCAAAAGUAUUUUUGAUUAACAAUGAGGGAUACACCAUUGAAAGAAAGCUUAAAGGACCCACAAGAUCAUACAAUGAUAUAAAUGGACUUUGGAAGUGGUCCAAGUUGUUGCUGGUUUUUGGUGGUGUUGAAGGUGAGACUCAUGAUGCGUAUAAAAUUCAUAAUGUGAAGGAGUUUGAUGAGCACUUUGGAAAUGGCAAGCUAGGUGACAGUUCAAGAUUGCAAUUUUAUGAAAUCAUUGCUGGUAAGUUCGACGUUCCAGCUCGUGUUGAUAAGAUGAUGACGGCUAAGUAG